AUGGCCCAAGCAGUUGCUCGAGAUUUUGGGGCGGAGAUGAACGGUGCGCCAAUACAAGAGAUCGGACUGAAACCCAGCACCUCGAUACCGAAGCCCAAAGUGAACUUCAGUGACGUCUUUCAGAAAGGAGAUUCGGAACCAGAACAGCCUGAGAGGCUUCUGAUGGACACCAUGGCUAUGCGACCAAGGUCAAUGUCACACCAUACACGAAGCACCGAGGUACCAUCAAGAGCCUGGCUCAAAGUCCGAGCACAGUUUUGGCGAUCUCUCGAGAAACUUGGUAUGGUCUUUCAUGGCUGGGCUUCACCAAAAGCUCCAAAGCCAUCCUUCAUUCGCAAGAUUGCGACCGACACCAUCCCAAUAGAGCUCUAUUUUUACCUGCCACCUGGAUACAAGCAGCAGAAAAAAAAUCAGCCGCACAACAAGUUUCCAGUAGUCGUCAACUUUCAUGGUGGCGGUUUUACUCUAGGACAUGCUACUGAUGACAGAUACUGGGCCGCCGUGAUUCUAAAGCACACCCAAGCAGUAUUUAUCUCGAGCCAUGCUGAAGAUUUGCAUAUCGAUCCCAGCCAGGUAGCAAUCUCUGGCUUCUCAGCUGGUGGCAACCUGGCUUUCUCGGUGCCCUUUCGCUUGACCUAUCAAUACGAGAAACAGCCAUCGUCUGAGCACUUACCUCUCGCGCCGCCUCGUAAAUCUCAGAGCAAUUUUCCAGCCGGCUCCGAGUCGCUUGCACUUAGCAAAUUGACCUCAUCCGAUCGGGAAGAACAGGAACUUGGCCGUCUAGCUCCACUUCCAGAUACGAAUAACAUACCAACCAUCACACAAACAUCACCAUGGUCAUCCACCACAGACCUUGACCAGACUAAAACUAAUACCUCAACCUAUACUCCACAGUCCUCGAAAACGAACCUCUUGAACCUGCCAGGACCACGUUCGAAACUUAUUCGUACCAUUACCACAGCCUCCUAUCGUUCAAGGCACGACAUUCGCCUCGACCAAAACCACGCCAGCAGAUCUCGUUCACAAUCUCCCGACUCGGCUCCUCGUCUCCGUAUCGUGUCUGUCGUAGCUUGGUAUCCCUUACUAGAUUGGACAUCCUCUCGUGAAGAGAAGAAACGCCAGUCCAGAAACCCGAAAAAGACCCUCCCAAGAGUCUUCACCGACCUCUUCGACUUCUCAUACCUACCGGCUCCCGACUCAGCAGGCCAUCACUGCAGUCCGUACGCAUCUCCAGCCCUGGCGCCGGACAAUAUGAUCAUUGACGGUCUACCACAGCGAAUGCAGAUUUGGCUCUGCGAAUGGGACAUGCUACUCGCUGAGGGCGAGCUGUUCAGAGAUAGACUCAAGAGCCUCGGAAAAGACGUAGAGAGCGAGACGAUCGAGGGAGUACCGCAUGGAUGGGAUAAAAGUCCAAAUCCCUUUCGAGAUCAAAAGAGCAUAAACUUGUUGUACGAGCGGGCUGCUGGAUAUCUGCGGCAUGUCUUCAGUGAGGCUGAUAGACGCGCCACGGUUGGUGAGGGUAUCGGUCUUGGUGGUUUACGGUAA